AGAGAGGAGGUGGAGACUGGAGAAAGAGGAGGCGCGUCAGCCGGUGGAGGUGGAAUAUGCAGGAACUCUGAACAAUCUCUCAAAGUGCGGGGACAGACGGGAGCAAAUACAAAUAGACUGCCCUUCACUCGGGGCUAUCAGGGGGUAAGGAAGCAGCUACCUCUGUCACUGACCCCCGGCGCUUCAAAGAGGCAGCUCCGGUCCAUGCAGAGCGGCCAGCGGUCAUGGCCACGCUGGAGGGCUGUCGCUGUCGGAGUGCCAGCGCCCGAAACAACAACAGCAUUCUCUACAGCAUUCUGAAGAGCGAUAGCCUUGUGACCCCCGAGGAGCCACAGCAACAUCAUCAGCAGCAGCAGCAUGCUCAGCACCAGACCCUGCAGCAUCUGCUCCUGAAGGGCUCCACCUCCUCCUCCCUGCCGGGCUCGCUGCAGGAGCUCCGGCAGCAGGCGUGCUCCUGCGGCUCGACGCGCCGCCGCGGCGUGCUGCGCUCCCCGCAGGUGACGUGCAAAGCCGCGUCGGCGGUGCUGGUGAAGACGCUGCACUUCGUGAAAAACGUGCCCUGCUUCCGCGAGUUGCCGGAGGACGACCAGCUGAUGCUGAUCCGGAGCGGCUGGGCCCCGCUGCUGGUGCUGGGGCUGGCGCAGGACCGCGUGGACUUUGAGACGACGGAGACGGUGGAGCCCAGCAUGCUGCAGCGCAUCCUCACCGGUGUGCCGGACCGGCAGAGCGAGGUCCCGGCCGGCCAGAACAGGGCGGCAGUCGGCGUGUCCGUGGUGGACAUCGAAGCGAUCAAAACCUUCUUGAAGAAGUGCUGGAGUGUGGAUAUCAGCACGAAGGAGUAUGCGUACCUGAAGGGAGCUGUGCUCUUUAAUCCAGAUCUGGAAGGGCUGCGCUGCCUCCACUACAUCCAGGCGCUGCGUCGGGAGGCGCACCAGGCUCUGAACGAGCACGUCCGGCUGAUCCACCGCGACGACUCGACCCGCUUUGCCAAGCUGCUCAUCGCCCUGUCCAUGCUGCGAGCCAUCAGCCCUCUGGUGGUGGCCCAGCUCUUCUUCAGACCGGUGAUCGGGGCGGUGAACAUCGAGGAGGUGCUCAUGGAGAUGUUCUUCGGGAAGUAGGUCACUGGCUGCUGCAGAGCAAGGAUGAAUCCAGACUCAUAACAACAAAAUGCUCUGAACUUCUAUUGUGCGGAGGAUGAAACGGAUAUGGACCUGUAACACUGCACAAACAACUGAAGGACUGUGAGAACUGACCAGUGACAGAUUUAGCAAGACAGAAGUGCGUGUGUGCAAUGUGAGAAUGAUAGCGACAGAGAAUGUGAGUGGGUGGGUGAUGGUGGUGGUGGGGAGAUGUUAUUACAGAGGAAACUUAAAGCAGCUGCUGAAAUUCAUAACUUAUUUGUUUUUAUAAAGACUAUUUUUCUAAGAUAACAAUAAAAAAAGAUGAUCACA